AUGGCCGCCGCAGCAGCCAUGACCCCUCCCCCGCCCACUGAAAUCCUCCAUCUGGAUACCGCAACCGGAUACCGCUGGAUCCUCUCCGAGGCUGAGCGUGCCCAUAUCGCGUCUUUGUUGAAGACGGAGACUGAUGCUAUCACCAUCCGUGGCAACAUCAUGACCCAGGAGCGUCGGGUCUGCGCCCACUGUGGCAAGCACUCUGGUCUCGAUGACCUGGUUCACAAUGCGUUGGCGCUGGGCAUCCACAGCGACGGUUUCAUGCUCGAUGUCUUACAGCAUGGACCCAAGAACACCAGCCCGCCUCAUAACCUGCUCUGCUCGAACUGCGGGGAGCAGCAUGAGGGGACUUUUCUGUGGAUUCCUUCUCUCCCCUGGUGA